AUGCGUGUCACCUCGGUAACACAGGGCAACAUCUAUAUCAGCAAAGAAACUUCUAUCCCUGCCCAGCUCUUUUCUGGAGAAUUUAUGCCUUACCAAGGAGACUUGCUGCUGAUUGAUUAUUCCUCGAAGCCGGGCAAUUCAAAGAUGAACAUCCACACUGUGAGCCCCCUCAACUUCCAGAGGAUCAGCAAGGUCUGUGUGACCAGUAUUAAUGGAAGAACUGGCGUGGUAGAUGACUUCAUCUUUUUUACCCUGGAUUCUCUCCAUACUCUUCCUGGUUAUAUACCUGCAUUAACUGAUAUUGUUAAUGUGGUUGUGGUAGACAGCAUUCAAUCGCAAUACACCUAUAGAGUGGUAGCUAUGUUUCCAGUGAAGAUGUUGUAUUAACCAAUCAUUUAAAAUCCUUUGUAAUUUUACUACUGGGCAAUAAUGCCAGAUUGAAUAAAGUUGUUUGAAUGAGCAAAUAAA